GCCAAUACAGAGAUACCCUGUAACGUUGAGAAUUUCUAAGUCGCCCAGUGCCACCGAAGUGUCUGAGCAAAUGCUGUCGCAGGACAUCGCCCUCUGCAACGCCGCCGCUGAUAGCAGAGCAUCGGCGUCGGGAUCAGGGGCUGGAGGAGGAGGUGGAUCAGGGGGCGGCGCGACAGCUGUCAACGGCCCCGGCGUCGCAAUGGCUGUCGCUGCAGGCGUAGGAGGAGGGGCAGCAGGACUGGGGGGCGGCGUCAGACACACCGGAAACGACGACUGCGACAAUAAAGUAGCCACGUUGAUGGACGACACCGGCCUGGGAAUCGGACAAAUGCUCGUUUUUUCUGCGGCUGAGGUUUCUGACUGGCGCGUGUGGUCUACACCAAGACAUGUCCAACUAGAAUUCGUUACAAUUAUCCUCCCUUACCUCACUGACCUCCUAGUAGUAGGAUGUCCCGAAACACCUCCAGCACUUGCGGAGACGGUUGUUGAAGGCGUCACUCCAGGCACCGGCGCCGGCCUGAGGGGCUGCGGCGGGAUGUUGUCCUCCGUUGGAGGCGUCACACCCGUCCAGUCCGCGAUAGGUGGAGCCACUGUAGUCAACACACCUUUUCCUACAGGUAAUUGUGAAAUCGAUUUUUGUGAUACUUUGGUCGAUUUCAGUCACUUUUUGGAUGAAUAUGACCAAAGUAAUGAUACAGUGCUUGAUUUAAACCCUGAGAUUCUAAGUGACUCUGACAUAGAAAUGAUGGACAGUUCUGUUGAAUGGAAUCCUUCAAAUGGUUAUGUGACUGGUUUGUUAGCUCCCCGCUACACCAGAAUGGAGCCAGACUAUCCAGCCACUACACGUGAUGCUCGUAACACGCUCCCCGAUGUGUUUACAACUUUGCAAAUAUCGGAUGCAGGCUCCCUACAUCCUCCCACGCGAUUGGCUGUUUAUCAGCUGCUUCAACAACUGCUGGUCGGCCGUCGAGGCGCCAAUACUUAA